AUGUCCUACCUUUGCUGGGAGGAAAGUGUGGAUCUGAGGCAGUAUAACACCUUCAACGUAUGCUCAAUUGCUCGUUAUCUUGUGCGUAUUCGUGGUAUGGAAGAUUUGAAAAAGCUUCAUGUCUCACCUCGCUUCCACGGCCUUCGAAAUUUGGUGCUCGGCGGGGGCAGUAACAUUCUGUUUGCCACGCAGGAUUUCGACGGCGUUAUCCUAAAGAAUGAGAUAGGCGGCAUUGAAGUCCUAUCACAGGACGACCACUCCACAGUCCUCAGAGUCGGUGGAGGAGUCGAAUGGACCUCGCUGGUGAAGUACUGCAUCGAAAAUGGCUUGGGAGGGCUAGAAAAUCUGUCCUUGAUUCCAGGCACAGUUGGCGCAGCUCCGAUUCAAAACAUCGGGGCAUAUGGAGCCGAGCUAAGUGAUGUGAUUUUGAGUCUUGAAAUUUUCAAUCUAAGCACCGGUGAAGUAACAACAAUGUCGAGAGAUGAGUGCCUCUUCGAAUAUCGAGACAGCAUCUUCAAACGGGAAUUGAAGAAUGUGUUCAUCACUUGCGUGAUCAUCAGGGUAAACAAAGAGCGGUUUCACUGUUUGAAUACAGAAUAUUCUUCAGUUCAAGAUAUUCUCCAAGAACAAGGGGUCAUCACGCCAACGAUCAGAUCGGUCAGUGAAGCAAUCUGCAUCCUCCGUAGACGCAAGCUGCCUGAUCCGAAGAUCGUCGGAAAUGCCGGGAGCUUUUUCAAGAAUUUCGUUUGCGACGAUUUCCUCUCUCAGUCUCUUGUGAAGAGGAAUCCACAAAUACCGAUUUUUCCUAAGCCAGAUAGAUCUUUCAUGAUACCGGCAGCAUGGCUAAUCGAGGGAUGUGGCUGGAAGGGAAAGCGAGUAGGAGAAGUCGGAGUCUUCUCUAAUCAUGCUCUAGUGCUCGUGAACUAUGGCUCCCGGGGCGGAGAGAUCAUGUCACUGGCGAAGCUCAUCGUUCAGGACGUACAGGCCCAAUAUGGGAUCGAGUUGACCCCUGAAGUCAACAUCGCUUAA